AUGGGGGCCAUAGGAACGGGAAAAUCGCGUGUUUCUGUUGACCUUGCCACCCAUUUUCGAGGAGAAAUAAUCAACUCGGAUAAAAUGCAAGUUUACAAGGGACUUGAAAUUAUUACAAACAAGAUCUCUCACACUGAAAGACAAGGUGAAAUUGAACAAGAUUCAGACUUCACAGCUGAAGAUUUUUGUUUGCAAGCUAUCAUCACUAUAGAAAAAAAACUGAAGACUCAACGUGUUCCGAUUAUUGUUGGAGGGUCAAAUUCAUAUAUCCAAAAACUUGUGGAAGAUCCUGUGCUCAUGUUCAAAUAUAAGUAUGAUAGCUGCUUUAUUUGGAUUGAUAUUGAGCAAUCAUUCUUGAACCGUAGAGUUGACAUGAGGGUUGAUCAAAUGGUCAAAGCAGUUAAUUUUUAUAAAAUGAAUACUUUCAUCAACAAUGAAGAGUUCAAGAAGAAAGUUAUCUUCAUAAUGGGGGCCAUAGGAACGGGAAAAUCCCGUGUUUCUGUUGACCUUACCACCCAUUUUCGAGGAGAAAUAAUCAACUCGGAUAAAAUGCAAGUUUACAAGGGACUUAAAAUUAUUACGAACAAGAUCUCUCACACUGAAAAACAAGGUGAAAUUGAACCAGAUUCAGACUUCACAGCUGAAGAUUUCUUUUUGCAAGCUGUCAUCUGUAUAGAAAAAAUACUGAAGACUCAACGUGUUCCAAUUAUUGUUGGAGGGUCAAAUUCAGUUGACAUGAGGGUUGAUCAAAUGGUCAAAGCAGGGCUAGUGGAUGAGGUACGACAGAUUUUCAUUCCAGAUGCAGAUUACACCAAAGGAAUCCGACUGUCCAUCGGGGUCCCUGAAAUGGACAGAUAUUUAAGGGAAGAAACAAACAUAGACGGAGAUGAUGAAUCAAAGAAGAUGAUUCUUCAAGCUUCAAUUUCAAGUAUCAAGCGUAAUACUCGUAUGUUAAUUUGUAACCAACUUGACAAGAUUAAACGAUCAAUAAGCGAGAAAAUGUGGUCAGUGCAUCAUAGUAUUGCUUUGGACGUUUUCAAAGAAGAUAGAGAAGAAGAUCUUGAAGAAGCAUGGAAGAAUAUUGUUUUGCAACCAUGCCUAGAUAUUGUGAAGAGAUUUCUCAAAAAUGAUCAUCGCAAUAUUAUUAUUGAGUGUACAUAA